AUGACUACAGAUCCAUUUAAAUGGGAAGAGGCUUAUACUGACGAUAUUUGUAUACAAUCUGCACUUCAAGAAGAUGAAAAUGGUUCCAUGGAAAAUGCAAUUCGACGAAUCAUUUCUGAAGAAAAGAGACUUAGAAGAAAUGAGGGAAGACCGACUAGAAUACGUCUUGGAAUGGUUUUUUUUAAUUUUUUGGGGGUUUUAUGA